AAAAAAACCCACUAAACAAACAUCAUCAGAAACAGAAAAUUUUAGCCCAAAAUACCUUUAAUUUCCUUCAUCCAAGUUUCAACUUUUACACAUUGCCCUCCGCCAUGGACGCUACUGGUAGGGUCAUGUUUCGGCGGUCAACCUCCGGUUUAACAGUGCUAGCACACUCGUUUGGCAUCUUAUCUCUCAUCCUAUUGCUGUUUUGGUUAUUGCAUUAUCGUGGAGGUCUUAAUCUUGAAUCUGACAUUUCAGAACGUAUUUUUAAUGUUCACCCAUUCAUGAUGUUCUUUGGGCUUAUUUUUCUCUCGGGUGAAGGAAUGAUGGCAUACAAGACGAUAGCAGCAGAAAAACCUGUCCAGAAGUUUAUUCACAUGCUGCUUCACCUGAUUGCUAUUUGUAUGGGAAUUAUUGGAAUACAUGCUGUUUUAAAGUUUCAUAACAAGGAGAACAUAGAAGAUUUCUAUAGCUUGCAUUCAUGGGUAGGCAUUGCCACCUUCAGCAUUUUUCUCUUGCAGUGGUUGGUUGGGUUUGUGUUGUUCAUGUUUCCAAAAGCUUCGCCAGGGACAAGAGCAAGGGCGCUUCCAUGGCACAUAUGUGGGGGUAGGGCCCUAUUAUACAUGGCAAUAUCCUCUGCCCUGACCGGGUUGAUGGAGAAAGCUACACUCUUGGGAGACAAGUACCACUCGAAUCAAGCUCGUACAAUCAACUUCCUUGGACUUUCAAUCCUUCUCUUUGGCAUUUUCGUUGAUUUUUCCCUUGUGUUUGCUCGUUAUGUGUGAUUUCUUUUAUUUUGCCGAUUCCUCAAUUGGAUUCAUGUUACCUACAUUAUUUUAUUUUAAUUGUUUUCUUAAUUCACAUUUAACUUGAAGCA